UGGAAGCGUUGAGGAGGCGUGUGGUUCCAAACAGGAAGAAACUGGGAAAACACGCAGUAAAUACGAUAUCCUCGGACACAGCCAACUAACAGUCUGGGGCAGAUGGUACAAACUACUUUUUCUCCAUGCCGGAGACCUGUGGACCGUUCCUGGUGUACUCCUUUUAGAUCUGUCCCGCAGUCGGAGGGGCUGUUUGGGGGGGCUGACGCACCAGCAGAAGCGCAGGAAGGCGGGGGGCUGUCAUAGCAGCAGGCUAGGCUAGGCUAGGGUAGGCUAGGCUAGGCUAGGCUAAGCCUGGCUAAGCUAAGCUAAGCGCUGCAGCCCGGAGAAACCUUGAACUUGUGUAAACUUUGUGGAGUACAACACCGGAAGUAGCAUCACCGGAGUGGUUAAACGACAACCACGGACUCCACAGAUGAGAUAAAUAUACACAAACGUCUAUUAUUUUCACAGUUUUUUUUUUCCUAAAAAGUGUUAGCCUGGCAGCGGACUUAUAGCCAGUUAGCUGUUGAACACAUCCAGGCUCUGGCAGAGGGACGUGAGCGGGAGAAAAUCGCCCCAUGCACAUCCGCAGAAUGGAUCUAAUUUGCGUUGUUAACCAGUGAAAAGCUAUUGGACGCUAACUAACACAGUGGAUGUUAAUUGAUCACUGAGGUAUCAGCGGAUGAAGAUUGUUUUUUGACACAUAAGAGGGACUUUUUUCUGUUUUGUCAUAUCGGUUUUUGUGAUAACUUCUGCUUUCCGUUAGUGUGGUUAUCAUGGAGGUAGGGGAGCCUGGCAGCGGCAGCUCGGAGCGGUUACAUAACGCCAGCAGGCCGGGAGAGAAGCUGCUGAACGUCGCCUCCUCUUCAGCCUCCUCAGCCUGGCUCUGACAGCUGUAAACCCCCCUCCAGCGCACACACACACACACACACACUAACAGACUGACAGACGCACAAACAAACACAGACAGACUGACAGCAGGACAGCAGCAUGGAGGUGGUGUGAGGCAUCUGGGAGAUAGAAAACAGCAACGAGAAGGAUCGUUUUGCUGAAGAUGGAGUCCAACCCACUGAUUAACGCGAUGGACCCAUCCAUCACGCUGUGGCAGUUCCUGCUUCAUCUGUUGGAGGACCAGCGGCAGCGUCACCUGAUCUCCUGGACAAGUGAGGACGGCGAGUUUAAGCUGCUGGACGCCGAGGAGGUGGCCCGCCUGUGGGGGCUCCGCAAGAACAAGCACAACAUGAACUACGACAAACUGAGCCGGGCACUGAGAUACUACUAUGACAAGAAUAUCAUAAAGAAGGUGAGCGGCCAGAAGUUUGUCUAUAAGUUUGUAAGUCAGCCUGACCCCUCCCUCCCCGAUGGGAUACGCAGUAUAGAGGAGGGCCAGAGGAGGGACAUCAGCGACUCAAACAACCAAUCAAAAAGCCUUGGGGGCGUGGCACCAACUUGUCCGACAAAGGGCUUGCCCCAGCGCUCGUCACCCAGCAGCUCCCAGAAGAGCUCCAGAAACGACUACAUGAAGUCCGGCCUCUACUCCACCUUCACCAUCCAAUCCCUGCAGGCCUCACCCAAUCCACGGCCAAUCAAAUCAGAGCUCCUCCUGCAACAAGAGCCUGUCCCCAAGGUUGAUCGCACACCGAGAGAGGUGUGUGUGUUACCGGAGUCUAAAUCCUCUCCGUCCGUGGGGAGCGCUGCGGACUCUGUUCUCCAGGUGAUCGUCACUCAGACGUCUCCCUGUCCGACCCCGGCUCUCAGCCCACAGAUACCAGCCAACUCCAAUGGCCAAUCACAGAAUCCUCCUGCUGCUCCGCUGAGCGAUCCUCCCCAGAUCUAUCUCACCAACAUGGGGGACCCGUCCGCCCUCAUCACUCUCGGAGGGGGCACAGUGAGCCCCGUCCCCCCUCCUCAUGUCUCAAUGGGCACACAGGGCCCACAGCAGGAGGAUUGCGGGGGCCUUACCAACCCCACCAACUUCCCCUCUCACCACCCGCACGCUGCUCCUCAUCAGUCUCACCCUGCCCCUGUGUUCGUUAUUAUCAACCCACCUCCCAAUCAGCAGCAGCAACAGGUGCCGAUGACGACUGCUGCUCCUCCUCCCUCUGUCGCUCUUCCUCCCACCGCCCGUCCUCCACCCAUCGUCAUCAAGGAGGAGAAUCUGCCGUCAGAGCAGGAGCUGCUGGAGAUGGUGACACUGGAUGGGAAACAGGUGGAGGAGGUUCCUCAGCUGAUCUGUGACUCGGGACAGCCAGAGCCUCCCCCCACCAUUGUGGAAAGCCCACCCCCGCCCUGCAUUGAUGCCGGGGUUGGAGUUCAGCAGCCAGCAGAGGAGGGGAGGACAGAGGGUGAGGGCCAGGACACGCUAACAGAUCCAGUCAUCCCCCCGGUGACGACGUCCUCGCCGGUGACCUCUCCAGCAGCUUCAUCCUCGGACGCCGUUCCUCCGAAACAAAAGAAGCCACGAGGCCUGGAGCUGCCCUCCUCUCCCUCCCUGCCCCCCGGCCUCUCCCUCGAUAAGGUGAAUGCAGCAGUUAACAGUUUAUUGGCUCCUGGAUCAGCGACCAACACGCUCACCCCGACUGUCAUCACCUCCCACGCUCUGACUCCGGUCCUGUUGACUCCCAGCCCUCUUCCCUCCACCAUCCACUUCUGGAGCACGCUCAGUCCCAUCGCUCCUCGAUCGCCAGCUAAACUUUCCUUCCAGUUUCCCUCUAACGGCAGUAAUCAGAUCCACAUCCCGGCUCUGAGCGUCGACGGCCUCUCCACCCCCGUGGUCCUCUCCCCGGGGCCCCAGAAGCCCUGAGCUCCCCGCCCGCCUGAAGCAGCUCUUCACUGGGCACAACCUCGCCCAAUGAUCUCCUCAACUCCUGGAGGGUCGGAGGAAAAGCCGGAUCUGCACUGACUCUGAAAUGCAUCACUAAAAACCCGACGCCAUGAGAUGUUUAGGCUGCAUCGGCUGACUCUUUUUGGUAGGUGUGAUGGUUUGUGUGGGCCUUUCACUGGUGGACGCGUUCACAGCCGAGGAUCAGUCAGACCCUCCGCUGAUUCUUACACUUUCUAACAGGUGGGAAUCUGCGCUUUGUCCUCCUUCCACCUUCCUGUUUCUUUCAUAGCUUUGUACUCAAACACUAUGACAGCGGGGUUUCGAGAGAACCAGAUGCUUCUCUCGACUUGAACUCAUCACAAGAAGCCGACACGAGGACAUAAACGGCAUCUAAAGGCCACGAGAAGACGGAGGGAUGUUUUUCUCUUUUUCUACUGGUGUUUUUUUUAAACCUGUCGUUGGAUUUCUUUCUAUAAUAUUGUGAGGUCUUUACCUUACGAUGCAAAAGUGCUCUGACGUGACUGUUGUCAAAUAAAACAGCUUAACCUUGAAGAUGGCUUUUAUAGCCGGUCUGCUUACUGAAAACUGACAGCAAACAAAUGUCUGUUUUCAAACGGUUUCUUCAAUGUGUGACGGAGGGGAAACCGGAGAAAAGCUGGAGUCGUCUCUUAUUUGAGUUUUUACUAAACAGAAGAUUUGACUUGACGUUUUCUGGGAGUAACUGAUCGCGGACUGGAAGGAGGGUCUCACGAACGUUCACAUGUUUGUGUGUAAAAGGAUCUGCAGUUCCUCAUAAUCUCACAUUUUUUCUGAUGGGAUCUUUUGUUUUUUAAAUUCGAGGUUAUUUAUUUCUGUCUUGUUUUCAAUGCACCUUUCUCUGCAGAUUCCUUAAAGGUUCUUGACUGUUUUUAAAACGGUCUCAUGUUUUUUUUUCCCUCAUUUUUUAAGCUACCAGGCGACUCUCUCCCAGUUGGAAUUUAAUUUCAGCACCAACACUGACAUUUUAUAAACUCACCUUCUGCUGGAUUUCUUCAGAAACGACUUUCAGAGCCAUUUAAGGGUUGUUGCUUUGCUCUUACUGGCCGAUUUUAAAGGUCACGCCUUUCUCCGGUUCUGCAUGGCCUGUUUUUUUGGGGUUUUUUUGGUUGUUUGUUUUUUGUUUUGUUUUGACUGGACUCCUCAGCAGCAUUUCGAACUGACCAAUCACAAAGGAUGACGAUGACGGUGGACCUGAGGUUUUUCAAAGCCAAGUUCUUUCUCUAUAAAAGUGUCUAAAUGUGACAGAUUGUAUAUUUUCUCACAGAGUUUAAUGUCCAAACUGAACUGAAGUGUCUGUCAGACUUGAUUUAAAGGUUUUACUGAGGACAGAGUCACAUUCCUUUGGUUUUUAAAACAGUGAUAGAUGAGUUUGCGUUACUUAUUAACAAUUGCUUAUUGUUUGAAUCUCAGCAGUCAUUCCAGAGAUUUUAUUUGAGCAGCUCUGAAAAAUUAAUGUUUUGUUCCCAAAAGCCUUGGAACAAAUCUGCAGUGAUGUUGCCACAAGUUGAAAGAGUUGCAUUUAUUCUCCUUUCAUUGAGAGUGCAGGACAGCUUUUAAUAUAUUGAAAGCUUUUUCUGUGCAAAAACCAACAACAAAGGACCCAUCUUAAUGACACUCUGUCAUACCGGUGCUUAUGAUUGAAACAUUUCAAAUAAUUUGAUCAAUUUGUGUUUAAUAAAGCACCAAAAACCAUGAAAAACAUAAAUUCUCCAACAUCCUGGAGUCCAAGUUUAAGUCCUCAUUUUGUACAAACAUCAGCACAACAUUUCAAAAUUAAAAAGGCAUUAGAAAAGCAUCAGAUGGUCUCUAGUGUCAACCUUGGAACAAGAUGACUAAGAAAAUGUUUUUUUUCUUUUAUGGCUUAAAUGCGUAUUUAAUUGGAUCUCGGAAGACAUCCUUGAUGUUAGGGGCUGAUUUAUCUGUUUAUCUGUGUGUGAAAAAAUUUUUUAGUUCUCCAAAAUUUAAAUAAAAACUAAACUUUCAGAUAAAAUACAAAUACACAGGAAGUGGCUCUAACUUUAGUCUUUGUCAGUUUGGUAAAAUUUGCUCUCAGAGUUGAACUUAAACUCCUAAGGUCAUAAAUAAUCUGACCACAUCAAAUCUCAACGACCUCGUAGUACCAUGUAAUCCCAUCACUCAGACUGCUGGCUUACUUCUGUUUACCGAGUUUCUAAAAGUUAGAGUGAGAGGAACAGCAUUCGGUGUUCAGGCUAAUCUCGACUUUCAGACUCUCUUAGCUUUGCUGCUGUAGGCUCAGCCUGCUGGAGGACUUCCCAUAAUGCACUGAGAGUUCCUUCUCCACUCCCACCUUUUCACUCCCUGCUGCAGAUCGCAACGUUUUCUUUCUUGUUUCUCGGGUGACGUAUACAUCUGCCCCUCCCUCAGCCUGGUGCUUCUGGAGAUCUCUUCAUGUUUAAAAAAAAAAAAAAGUUCUUUCUCCCCACUGUUGCCAAGUGUUGCUCACAGGGGAUCAGCUGAUUGUUGGGGUUUUCUCUUCAACCCCGUAGACUCUUUUUGAUUUAAUUCCAAUUAAAUAAAAUAAAUUUGAAUGAAAAAGGAAGAAAUGAAACCUUUAAAAACUAACACUAAACACUUUCAUUGAUUAAAAACUAAACUCAAACUAAAAUUGAACUGAAACCUGAUUAACGAAAAAACAGAGCUGUGUUAAAUGUCCCGUCAGUUCUUACAGUUGGAUUUGAGAUUAUUCAAAGAUGAGCAUCCUCUAAUCUUCAGAGCACCGCAGUGAUUUUUAUCCACUUAAGAACUUUAAAAGAUCAAAACUCUGUGGAACAAAGUAUCAGAUAAUCCCAGUUUUAAACAUUUUUUAAAUCCUUGCUGGUAAAGUUUGAUAAUUUUAGGUUGUGAGACAUGCGGUCGUAUGUUUUGUUCUCUCAGCGUCGGCUAUGAAGCAUAUGAGUUUUACUGUACAUGAUUUACAAACAACUAGGAGGCUUCAUGCAUUAGAACAAUGAUUAGUUGGAUUUUGUGCAGUCUUUAGUUUCGUUUACAGACGUUUUCCACUAAUACCUGCUCGGCUCGGCUCAGUUUUCAGGGUUUCCCAUUAGGUGGUAGUACCUGGUACCUGCUCCAUUGGGGUUCUGAAUGGUCCUAAAAUGUGACUGCAUGUCAACAGACAGCAUGCAGCAGAUGGGCCAGUCAGUGGCGUCACUCGAUGUGUCAUGAGAGCAAGUCCUUCACAAAAUUCCAAACCGCCAUUUUUGAAAUCCGGCAGUGAGGGAAAGUGGCUCCACACAAACCAACACCGUGGUCCGGUGAUGAGGUGCAGACACUUGGCAUCGGUUUGGCAGCAGGUAUACCAACGCUUCGAUAUCCUCCACUGUUGUGUUGUGGCGCAUACGAAUGACAUCACAGGAAUUUUGGCCGUGGUGCCACAACAACCCCAAGGACACUGAUGCGGUUGUAUUAUAAUAGAAAACGACUGAAACAGAGAGUAGAGUCGAGCCGAGCAGAUCAGACUGGAUACUUGGUUCUCUCAGAUGACCUGGAGUUUUGCUUGAUUUACACGAAAAUGUGAUUUUUAAAGCGUGUUUGACGUGAACUUGUGGCGACAUCGAAAACCUGCAGAGACAAAAAAAAAAAGUUUUGUUUUUUUUGUUUGUUUUCCCCAAAAUUGUAGACAGACACUGACUCAUGCUCCUCUAAAAAAAAAAACAAAAAAAAAAACCCAGACUGUUGAUGUUGUUGUUGUUCGUGUUAUUUCUAAUGCUAGCUGUGGUUGCCACGGUAACCUGACCCGACUGUUGCCGCCCUGCAGGUUGCUGUUGUCAUUGCUGUUGUUAUCGUUGUUGCUCUGGAGCUGUUAACGUGUUUCUGUGCUUCUGUGUGUGACGCCGAGGCUGCAGACACACACACACACACACACACACACACAAUGCAAUCUUUGUGAGGAUUCAUUGGAGGGGUCGGUCUGUGCAUGCUAACUCAAGCUUUGCUCAGUUACUCGCUGUGAUGUUGCUACUGCUGGCACAUCUUGCGCUCUGGCUCGUUGCGCACUUACACGUCUUUAUCACAUAAAUAAGAUCAUCUGCCACAUUUGCAUCAAGGGUGAGGAGGACGCUCGAGCAUAGAAACCCAGAAGGUGCAGAACAUGCUCCAAGAAAACAAAAGUUAACGAAAACUUGUGUUCAUAUUUGAAUUACGCCUUUCUCCAAAUUCAUAACAUUACAUUUCGGUAUUUCAGUGACAUUUCUCUUAAGAUUACAGUUUAGGGUGCACUGCUGUGCUGUGCCGACCACGCCACAAAUUACUGCAGCAUCACUGCUGUGCUUUUUACCAGCAACAUGGUGUCAUUACCGAAUCUGUAACUACCUGUUUCUACUUGAAAAGUAUGAUGGGGGAAAGAAAAUACUGCACUAACUGAGCUAAGAGAUUUUUGGUGGCGAAGGUGGGCCCACUGGUGGUAGUCUCUAUGGGAAGGGCUGCCAAAAGAAAUGCACAGUCAUCCAUAUUUCUUCUGUACAAUACUACGCUUUGGGUUGCAGACCUGACCGGUUCAGAAAAAGGCAAGAAAGCGGAAGUGGCUUUGCUCCAACAGUGUUUAAAGUUCAACAGACAAGUUGGAGAAAUUUAGGCAGGCGUUGAAGCGCAGCAGGAGCUGCACUUUUCUGCACUUCCACUAAUGGCCAAAGUGAGUCAGUCGCUAUUGACUCUCAUGUUCAAAUGUCCAACUUAGGUAAAAUGGUCUUUGCACCCUACAAAAUAUUAUUGUGAAAAAUGGUAAUUUGUUUUGAUUUGACGGAUGUUCCCCUCUGCUAGUCGUAGAACUGGACCUGUCUUGUGUGUGCUGUUGGCACUUUUUGGAAUAUUUUUAAUGGAAAAAUGUGUCUUUGUUUACAGUCAAAUGUAAUGGCAGCAAGUAUCAAGUAAUCUAAGCUUUUAGGUUCAAGGUUGGUUGAGCUAAGAGCAGUGCAGCGUCUGCAGUGAGGUUCAGGCUGAGGACAGAGGGCGCUCUGGAUUUGGACAGAUGGUUCAUAGAUGAGAAGAAAAGCCCGACUACCCAACCUUUCAAAGGUGGGUCCUCACAAGGUUGACCCUCUAUUUGGUUCCCACAAAGAUAGCUGUGCAAGCACACGCACACACUCACACACACACACACACAGCUGGAGCGUCAGGGACUGAGUGAAGCUCGUAUUCAGUGUUUCCACCUUCACUGAGGUUAUUCUGCAACUCGUUAAAUACCUGAAACAUCCUGCAAAACAAAAUCUUUCUUUACUACUUAAUUUUUUUUUACAAUGUGAGGUUUAAAAAGGAACAAAAAAUCUGAUUCAAGAUAGAGGUUCUAGUUUUCUCUACCUGAUCCAAGCGGGAACCAUCCAUCAUCAGCUCCUCUGAAUUCAGCCUCAGAUCGGUCCCUGACGGCGGGAUUUCCCAGCCUUUGCGGCGACGUAAACGCAGCACCAAGCCAUCGUGUUCGACUGUUCUCUCUUUACAGCAUGACUCUAUUUUUCUAUCAGAGAUGACGUGUUUAUAUUGCGUAUAAGAUUUAAAGAGUGACGAAGCCUUAAAGAUUUCAGCUGCAGCAGAAGAAAGAUGCAUCCUCAUUUAAAAAAAGAAAAAAAAAAGAUACUACCUGUUGUGUAUCUUUCUUUCAGAGCAUGAUGAUGAAAAAUAAGCCAUUUAUCGAGAAAAGCUGAACUUUGUGUAUCGAGUUUUGGACGCAGGGUUUGAGUCCGACAUGUUUAACUUCAAGCUAACCUUUCUCUCACCAGCAGAACAUGACGAAUGUCUUUAUAUCGAUUAGAAACUGCUUUGCAUUCUGGGUAAUGUCCAGAUUUCUGUUUUUGAAACUCAUCACCGUCUGAGCGAACUUGACGAGGGGUCUGCUUUGCAAACGCUGCCUGUAUGAACAUGAAAGAUGCUUGCAAAGUGACAUUUGAGGAAAUACUUCACCUGCAGGCCUUUAAGUCUUAAAACAAUAUUUUCAGACGUCUUUAAUUCACAGAAGUCUUAAACUGUCUCUCUCAAAUGUGAAUCACUGAAAGGAAAGCACAUUAUGGAAGAGGCAAAGCAAACCCCUGCCUCCAGUUACAUAAGGCAUCUUUUCACUGUAGGGGCAAAGUGUUGUAAAGGUAUCUGCCUUAAAAAAGUUCUUGGGCGCUUUCUCCAGGUUUAAAGAAUCAGAAUCGAAGCCCCUCAGUGGUUCCUACCCCCAAAAGGGUUUCUGUAGGGUUGGUUCCUGAGAUCUGAACAUACGAAGAUUGAAAGCUAAAACAGCCGGCCGGUUCCUGCAGUCAAAGGCGGUCUGUGGACAUGUACUCAGGAUUUGGUGAUGAGUUUCACUUCAUAAACAUCAUCAGUUAGAUUUUCUGCUCUGGUUUCUUGACAUUUAUAAAGGAAGCCGUUCCUUAAAUCCAGUGAGGAACAUCUGUUGUUCCUGAGCUUUCUGUCUGUUCACUUGAGGCCUGGAGUUUUCUCAGUGGUUUUCAUCUCAUAAACCAAAAGUUGUUUGGGUUUUUCACGUUGACGUCCAAAGCCUGGACAGACUUUGCUGCCGGUCAUUCUGCAGUUGAGUGUACCGUCCAGCUGCACUUCAGAAACUGUUCGUGUGCAAACCAGCUCAGUGCAACUUAAUGAAUCUUUGUCUUACUGUAACACUGUUUAGAAUUAUAGUAACUUUGAUAUGGUAAUACAUCUAAUAUAUGACUUGUUCAGUGACAAAACGUAACAUGAAAAAUGAAUAAAUAUUCACGCCUCUUUUAAGACAGUGAUUUCUUUUUAUAACUAAUAUUUAUAAUCUGCUUCCUGUUAUCAUAUGUGUGUAUCUGCUUUACCUUUUAGUAGUUUAAAUACGAAAUAGGUCAUUCAUGCUGGGAAGUAUGAGCAGCUUCUUGUUAUAAUGACAAAGAUAGAAUAAAAGUUUAAAAAGGCGUAAAACGAGAAAUUUAAAUGACACUUCUUGUUUUCACCGGGCUCCGUUACAGGAAAGAGUUUCUUGUUAUAACAACAACUGCCUCCUUAUGUCAAAGGUUUGUGGAAAAUAACUAGAAUUUAAGCUUAAAAUCUUUCUUGCCAGAAAAGUUUAACAUUAUGCAAAAAUUAAAAUUUUUAAAUGCUGUCAUUCAGAUACUUUUUUAAAAUUUUGCAAUUUCUAAUUAACAUUUGCACGCCUGUCGAGCGGUUAGGGUUAGGGUCAUCCUUUGGUUAUUGAGCCUUAAUUGCACAGUUUAAAUUGCUAGUUUUGAGGGCAAAACUAGCAAUUUAAACUUGGAGAAAGAGCACUGACCCAUGAUCCUUUGCAGCAGGAUGACAGACAGAAAGCUCCGGAAGCCGAUGGCUGACGCGCCUCCUAAUUGUAAAGAGGUUUUCUGUCCACAGUUUGUGUGGAAAUCUUCACUGUAUAUAGACGCGAAAUAUAAUCUGAACAUAUGAAUAUGCUAUAUAUUCUGUACCAUGUGACAGGCCUGACCAAUGGGCUGGGGGUUGUUAAUGACGUGUUGUUCUUGUGGCCUGUCGUUGCUGUCAGAUCCUGCGUGGCCCCUCCCCUCCUCGGCUGUGAUUGGCCAUGGAGUUUAUUGAUGUAAAGGGGCGGGGCCUGCUUUUAUUUUUCUGAGAUAGAGUUCUACAUGUUUAACAUGUUAUUUACUGGAACCAUUUAAAAGAAAAGCUAUUUUUUAUGGACAUGAUUUUAGUUUUUGUUGGUGUACCAUGUUAUGCUGAUGAUUCCUCUUGUUUUCUACAAACACACAUGCACACACACUGGGAGGACGGUAAUAAAACUAUUUUGUCCUGUA